AUGUGCGGUGUGAACGUAAGGCGUUGGGCGUUCAGAGGUUCGCCCACCGCUUGCCGCCACAUGUCAAGUAGGAGCGAGGGCGAAGAGGCUGCCCACCGCCAGCCACCAGAAGUCAGCGUGAGAGAUGCCUGUGAGCUGAAUACCUGUUUCCCUGGAGUUGCAUGCAAUGUUACCUUCAACGAGACUUUGUUCAUUUGCGGUCCUUGCCCCUACGGGUACAGUGGGAAUGGUAGCUAUUGCAUAAAAUUAGAGUGUCCGACAGGCUUUGCAGGUGAUGGUGUGACCUGCGGCCCUGACAGCGACCUGGACGGCUUCCCCAACAUAGAUCUGCCUUGCGUCGAUCCUCAAUGUCGUCGGGACAACUGCCCGGUGGUGCCCAACGCGGACCAGGGAGACGUGGACGGCGACGGCUUUGGUGACGUUUGCGACGAUGACGCCGACGGUGACGGGCUAGCCGAUAGUGCGGAAAACUGCCCGCUAGUGUACAAUCCCGGCCAAAGUGACACCGACGCAGACGGUUUCGGGGACGACUGCGACAACUGCCCCAACGACGCCAACCCGACCCAGUCUGACGCUGACGGCGACGGGGCUGGUGACGUCUGUGAUGCCGACGCGGAUGACGAUGGCGUGACAAACGACGUCGACAACUGCAUCGAAGUGGCCAACAGCGACCAACUGGACCUCGACGGCGAUGGUGUGGGCGACGCUUGCGACAACUGCCCCCAAGACGCCAACGCUGACCAGGUCGACAGCAACGCAAACCUUUUCGGGGACGCCUGCGAUGAUGGCGUUGACACAGAUUUAGACUCUAUCUUGGACACCCUGGACAACUGCCCCGCCAUCCCUAACAGCGACCAGGGUGACGCCGACGCAGACGGAGUCGGUGACGUGUGCGAUGACGACGCCGACAACGAUGGAAUCCUCAACGUCAACGACAACUGCCCGCUCGUCGCCAACGCCUACCAGGGGGAUGUUAACGAAGACGGCGUGGGGGACGUGUGUUCGCAGGAUUAUGACGGGGACGGACACGUGGACGCCACAGACACGUGCCCGAAUAGUGGCGCUCUUUGGCAUGAGAGCUUGGGGACGUUACAGGUAGUUCAGCUGUAUUUUGACUACACUCCAGAGUGGACAUUCUCCAAGGACGGUUUACAAAGCUACGAAACAAAGAUAUCCGAUCCGACGAUGGCUCUUGGUAUCAAUGGCAAUUCCAUUCACACUUCGCUGCCAUAG